UAGUAACGAUUUAUAUACUCUCAUUUUGGUGUGUUCACCUUCAAGCAGCAAAACCUAAGCACCAUUCCUCUCUCUCUCUUAAUGCAUACCUUCACCUUCACCACCACCGAUUGUCCACUCUCUCCUUCCCUGCGCAUACUCAUCUAGGUACCGGAAAUCGGCGAGUUCCGAGUCGGGGCAGGCAGGUUCAUGUGGGCUUCAAAACCCUAAUCGUGCUCAAGAUUUGGGGACGGUAGGGUAGGGUAGGGUUAGGUGUGGGGGUGAAAUUUUCUUACGAUUGGGUGCGCCUUUUGUGUUUUCGUUGAUUAUGGAGGGAUCUGGCCGACGGGACCUCAACGACUUCGCCGACCCAUCGAGCAGCUUGAUUUCAGACAGCUCGCUAUUCGAUACAUCUCAAUAUGCCUUUUCGGGAAGGAUAUAGUGGAUGAAGUGGAACUGGGGGGUCUGGAAGAAGAAUAUGAGACUGCUCCUGUAAUUGGGGGUAGUUUCGGAGUGGAAGAUGAGCUGAAUGAGUAUCGCUUGUUCGAAAAAGAUGAGUGCUCUCUGUAGUUUGGUUGGCCUUAUACGACUUGCAGCUUUUUGAUGGAUGAAUACGAGGCCAAUAUCUGGGAAUUGUACUCGAUAGAUUCCUUUUCAAUUCUCUAUGAUUCUGGGGUGGGGUCCAUGUCUGAUAUAGAUGACCUGGCAACUACAUUUGCAAAGUUGAACAAGACUGUUUCUGGACCAAGGCAUCCUGGAGUUAUUGGUGAUCGAUCUAGAUCCUUUUCAAGAGAAAGUUCAUCAGCUACAGACCGAGCACGGGACGCUGAUUUCAUUGAUUGGAUUGACCGUCGCAACUCUGACUUGGAGUGCUAUGAAGAAAAUAAGAGAUGGCCAUCACAAUCCCCCCUUUCUUCUAUGUAUCUUCCAGAAUCAAAACCAUUAUACAGAACAUCCUCUUAUCCUGAGCAGCAGCAGCCUCUGCAACGCUUUAAUAGUGAACCUAUAUUAGUUCCAGAGUCACCAUUUACCUCUUUCCCUGCACCAGGAUCCCCACAAGCUUCACCAAAUCAUCCUCGGCUGAAUUUGUCCUCUCUUUCUGGUGGGCUGCAAUUUGGAUAUUCUGUAUCCAACAACGCUCAGUCUUCUAGUUCCUCGAUCCAUUUAUCUGGGUUGCAGCGUGGGCUUCAUUACAACACAAACAUGCCGCAUUUAACCUUGCCAAAUAUUUCUCAUCACAAUCGACUGCAGAAUCGAUGGAGCAGUCAUGCAGGUGUUCUUCAUGCUGAUCAUCCUCUCUUAAACAAUGUAUUGCAGCAUCAGUAUCAAAGUGGGCUGUUACCUAUGCAGCUGCAGUCCCCUCAUCAGCAGAGAGGGCAUCUUUCAUUUCAACCGUCAUUAGCUCAUUUUUCAACAAUUCAGCCGAAUAUAUACAGUACUUUUCCUUCUCCUUCUCAAUUGAGCAAGUAUGGAUUGACAGACAGAAGGGAGUCAAAAUCUAAGUUGGCAAAAGGUAAACAUUCUGUUCGAUUUGCCCACCAUGGGUCUGAUGCUAGCAGCCACAAGAGUGAAAGCAAUUUACCGAAAUUCAGAUCAAAGUACAUGACAUCAGAAGAAAUAGAGAAUAUUCUUAAGCUGCAGCAUGCUGCGACCACCCAUGGUAAUGAUCCCUAUUUAGAUGAUUAUUAUCACCAAGCUCGUCUUGCAAAGAAAUCUGUCGAAACAAGGACUAUGUAUCGAUUUUGCCCUCCUCAGCACAAGGAGCAAUCUUCUAUGUCCCGAAAUAGCACCGACACACAACCACAUCUUCAGAUUGAUGGUCAUGGAAAGGUUUGUUUUUCUUCAGUUCGUAGGCCACAGCCUCUUCUUGAACUUGAUCUUCCUCCGUCUGCUUGUGGAGAGGGCAAUACCGAACAGAAAUCCUCUGAGAAGCCUUUGGAGAAUGAGCCAAUGUUUGCAGCCAGGGUGAUGGUUGAGGAUGCACAUUGUCUUCUCCUGCAAGUGGAUGACAUUGAUCGGCUGCUACAGUGUACUCAAUCUCAGGAUGGCGGAAGCCAGCUUAAGCAGAAGCGUAUUGUUCUGUUAGAAGGUUUAGCUGCCUCUCUUCAGUUGGUCGACCCUCUUGGGAAAGGUAAGAAUGCUGUGGCGUUGUCUCCUAAGGAUGACAUGGUGUUCUUGAGGGUGUCCUCCUUACCCAAAGGCCGGAAGCUCAUCUCCAGGUUUCUUCAGCUUCUUGCACCUGGAAGUGAGCUUACUCGAAUAGUGUGUAUGGCCAUCUUCCGCCAUUUAAGAUAUCUGUUUGGGGGCUUACCGUCAGACCUGGAAGCAGCUGGGACAGUUAAGGAUCUCGCCAAAACAGUGUCACUAUGUGUUAACAGCAUGGAUCCUAAUUCACUAAGUGCCUGUCUUGCUGCUGUUGUUUGUUCUUCUGAACAGCCGCCUCUUCGCCCUCUAGGUAGUCCUGCUGGAGAUGGUGCAUCAGUCAUCUUGAAGUCCGUGUUAGAAAGAGCAACUAAUAUAUUAAGCGACCCUCAAUUUUCCAACAACUUUUCUAUUCGAAACCCCACUCUCUGGCAGGCGUCAUUCAAUGCCUUUUUCAGUCUUCUGACCAAGUAUUGUGUGAGUAAAUAUGACAGCAUAUUGCAAUCUUUAAUUGCUCAAAAUGCUUCAGAGGCAAUCAGUUCUGAGGCUGCGAGAGCCAUCAGCCGGGAGAUGCCUGUUGAACUUCUACGUGCUAGUCUGCCACACACUGAUGAGGGUCAGAAGAAACUGUUACUCAAUUUCGCUCAGCGAUCCAUGCUUGUUACCAGAUUCAAUGCUCGUGGUGGAAAUAGUGGACAAAUAAAUCCGGAUUCUGUCCGAGGCUGAAUCAGUAUGCCAUACAGAAGCUCCGAAUUGUGAAUGCUCUUUGCUGGAAGAUGCGAUGCUGCCAUGGCUACUGCCUCUUGCUUGUGAUGAAUGAGGCAUGGAAAAGGGCACAUGCGUACUUUGGGCUGAAUUUUUUGAUGCCCUGCAGUUCUACGGUACCAAAGUUGAAGGUCUCGUACCUUCCUUCCUACCUACACUUUUUACGCCCACCCUCCUCCCCUUUGGUUGGUGGAAGGGCUUGCUGCUUUUAUUGCUUGUUUUCUUAAGUAUACUUUUCUUACAUUAACUGUGUAUUUAUGCCUGAAGCUCUCAAAUGCUUUUUAACUAGAGGGCUUUAUUCUGACACCACUUUGGUAAUUGCUGGAUGAAAUCUGUUUUUCGACUGUAAAGGUGAGAUGUACAGGUGAGCCCCAAGGUUUUUCUGACAAUCUUGAUGUUUCCCCUCGUACUUGGCUUCAUUGUCUGUCGAAAUUAGGAACUUGUUCGUCUGUGUAAGUGAUGGUAGGGGCAGUAGUUCAAUCCUGGAGCUGCAGUCACAGUAGGGGUGGAGGGUUGUAUUGUUUUUAAUUUUUUACAACAUUUUUGGUCCCAGUAGCCGAUUUUUUCAGUGCGUGCUGGUACAGUAAUGUCUUGAAUUUCUUUUGGCGGUUGCUGUAAUCCUCGAGGAUUAUAUUAGCCUUUUAGUACGGUUUUACCUGGUAGAUUGAAGCACUUAUUUAGGGUUUAGUUUAACCAAAGUGAGACGAUGGAAGUUGAUUCUUAUGAAACUUGAGCUGUGUUGGCUAUUAUCAAAUGGAAUACUCUGUGAUAUGAUACUUUAAGCUAGUUGGUUCCAUUCAUUGUUAAUGGAUGUGAAUGAUCUUUUUUAUUCGAUAUCACCGUAGAUGUUUUUAUCU